AUGAACCUGUACUUUAGACCUAAAUUAUUACAGUCUCGGCUUACGAGCGUUUUUCGUUCAGCCACGACCGUUUCUGAAGUAGUACAGAAUGAGCAGGUUGACAUAGAUGAUACGGAAAAUUCCCUUGCAAGAGAAGCAGAAAUUGAGAAGAAAAGGAAUAUAUCCCGUUUAUCAGCGGCUCAUUACAAUGUGAUUAACGGAAGACGACCUUAUAAAGAGCCUAUGGCUUUACCACAUUUAACUGUAAAAUACAAUAGGAAAAUGUAUGGAAAGUAUGGGGCUGCAAGUGGUGUUAAUCCAAACAUUUGCUGGCCCUCAAAACUAGAUAUUGAAGAAAAACAAGAAUAUGAAGCAGUGGCUUACCCUUUCACCAUUAAAGAAAUGAUGACUAUGGUGGCUGAAAAGCGAGAACAGGAAAGACUAAAAACACAGCAAAGAGACAAUGAGAUUGCUGCUAAAUUUGCAAAGUUAGGACAAUGGAAGAAAGAAUUAAAAGAAAAAAUUGCUAAGAAGGAGGCUGAAGUUGAAGCUGCUAAGUUAAAGAAAGAACGUCUUAUUGAAGAAGUGCGGAGGCACUUUGGCUUCACUCUGGACCCACGAGAUGAAAGAUUCCAAGAAAUGUUGGCCAAGAGGGAGAAGGAACAAAAGAAGCGUGAAAAACAAGCUCGUUUAGAAGCUCGUGAGAAGUUAAUGAUUGCCAAACUACAACAAAAGAAGGUGGAAGGUGUUAGUGAAUAA